AUGAUGCUCUCUGUAUAUCUCAUUAUUUGUCUUAUACUUCAUCGGUGCGACCAAUUCACUGCUGCAAAGAAUAUGUCACUUAUGGAUGGUGCGAUGUUUAGUAAAAAUACGACACAUCGCGGUAAAGGGUUAAAAACUGAGGGCUCUCUGUCAGAUGAUAUUAUCGAAUUAAAUAUUGGUGGACAAAAAAUGACCACGUUGCGUUCGACACUGACGGCUAUACCCAAUUCCAAGCUAACUUUCAUGUUCAGCAAGGAAAAUGCGAAAAACAUGUUGCCUGUAGAUAGAGAAGGGGCAGUCUUUUUUGACUACAAUCCUAUUUAUUUCAAUCAUUUACUGGACCAAUUACGAUUAAUUAAACGAAUGCCGAACGUAUAUGGAUAUCAACUACGAUUUUCACCACCAUUCUUAAGCGCAUAUGUCAACUUUACUCAUAUGCUUGCUGAUCUGGGGCUGACACCUGAUCAUUUCCUAUCGCCAAUGGAAGGUACACAUGCAAACUUGUCUGUGAAUUCUCUCAAUGGCUGGCAAGAAUGUUAUCGUAGUACAUACGAUGUACCGUUCAACAUAUCUGUAUUAACAGAAUCUUGUAAUGGCAGUCGACUUCUUGUUGCCUGUCGUCCAGUCCAUAAUAAAAAGACGCUGACACUCGCUGGCAUUGGAUAUCGUGAAGAUAUUUUACAUCCGUGUUUACCCAAACGCUGCAAAACGAAUGGUGAACCAAGGAAGCUCACAGGAAGACAAUUCAUGUGUUCCUCCUAUCAUCAAUGCAUUACUCAGGCUAAACGUGGCGUUGGUUGGUACCAUGUAGAUAAUCAAACGUGGGGUUUUGUACGCGGAUCUUUGUCGUUCGUCGUCAAUCCGUGCGAUUCAAGUAAUUUGGAUUCUGAUUAUCGACUCUGCUGGACACUACAAUCCGAUAUGAAAAAGACAAGCACGGAUAGGUGUGGCAGGGCAAAGAAUCUACACAAAUCAAACCAAUGGGAACGUGUUAUCUAUUAUAUUUAUUGA